AUGAGCUCGAGAAGUAGGAGGAGUUCGCGCGUUCUACCCCCGGCACCCGAGCUCGAUUCGCUCGGGCUCGAGGAUGAGGACCGGGAUUCGUCGCCCCAUAGGAGCAGCAGAGACAGAGACAGAGAUAGGGCCAGAGGCAGAGGUAGAGGUAGAGAUGGCGAUACGAGGACGAUGGACCGCCUUGUCCUGAGGGACCGGGAGUGGGAGAGGAGGCAAGACGAAGAGAUAUUAAUGCAGACACCCGAUUCCAGGGCUUCGUCGUCCUCCCGCCGGCUCUCCCGCCAUUACCACUCCGAUCCACGUGGCCGUCAACCCACGCCGCCGCAUUCUGUGUCGUCCUCCAGGGCGAGCACGCGCGUGCCCCACCCUCCGAUGUCCUCGAUGACGAGACCAUCGACAGCCGAAGUCCUGUACCGCCGCCCUUCGCUGAGAGAGCCCAUCCGCGCUGGGUAUGACGACCAAGAUCCCGGGCAUGGACUCCGCAGGGCUCGGUCUCAUGCCCGUUCAAUCCAUGCCGCGCCCUCCGUUCCUGUCCUCCGGGAUAGUAUGUAUGCGUCAGGAUCAGAAUCCAAUGGCACACUCCUUCUAUCGACGAUGAACUUCUUCCUCCGCUACACCCACGCUCGCGCCCUCAGUCCCGAGCCCCAUCUGCUAGGCACAUCCCAGAACCAGAUGUCACGGAAUCAGAAGACUCGCAAGACGACCACCAUCUUCGUGAUCGGUUUGAGCGCCGAGGAAAACACAGAAAUCGACACGAUUCUCAUCACAAGACGGAAUCUCGAAGAAGACGAAGCGAAAGCCACAUGGAGCCCUCAUCAACGCCCAAGCGAUAAACGUGUCAAAAUAGUGGAAUGUGUUGUCUGCAUGGACGAUCUCCCUUCCCGCAAGACGGCCAAGCUUAAAUGCGGCCAUCGGAUGUGCCACUCGUGCCUCAAGCGAAGCUUCAAGUUGUCCAUUACGGACCCACAGCACAUGCCGCCCAAAUGCUGCACCGCGGCCACUAUACCCCUGAAACACGUGGACCGCCUGUUUGACAACGAAUUCAAGAGGACGUGGAACAAAAAGUUCGUCGAGUAUUCGACCCGCAACCGCAUCUACUGCCCCAAAAAGGGCUGCAGCGAAUUCAUCCGCCCCGAGGACAUCCGUCACGCUGACGACGGGCGAAAAUACGGCCGCUGUGAUAAGUGCAAGACCAAGGUAUGUGUGCGCUGCAACGGCAGGUGGCAUAACGGUAGGGACUGUCCCAAGGACGAGGAUACGGUGAUGUUCUUGGCACAGGCCAAAGAGGAAGGUUGGCAGUGUUGCUUUAGGUGCAAGGCCAUGGUGGAACUAAAGGAAGGCUGCAAUCAUAUGACAUGUCGUUGCGGAGCUGAAUUCUGCAUGAUCUGCGGGGCCAGAUGGAAAACUUGCGAGUGCUCUUGGUUCAACUAUGAUUCUCUCGAGGACGAUCGCCUGGAGCAUAUGCAAAUUCCUUUUCCGGCCCGAGAUCGUGUCGGUGGUCGGCCAGCGGUCGAUAUUCCACCCUCUCCGACAAGGCAGGCUCGUGCUGGGCCUGGUAUAUCAGCAUUCCCGGGGCCCCGUCCACGACCACAGAAUUACGAAGAAGAACUGCACCUCCGGCGGUUGCAAGACGGACGUGAUGAAGCGUAUGCGAGGCGUCUACAGACUUAUCAAGAGUCCGAGGACGGCCCCGAAGACGACUUCUUGGGCGGCUUUGGAGAUAUUCACGGAUUAGGAAACGCUGCGAGCCACCACAUGAAUGAUAACUUCCGACCACGUCCGCGCCAUAUUGUGGUGCCCGAACCGCCUCAACCUUCUCCCCUUCCCCAGAUGCCAAUCGAUCCUGCACCGGCUUUUGAUAGGGCUGCGACGGGCGACUAUAUCCGAGGCGUCAACCGCGCUCGAGGCGUUCGGGCUGCGUCUGUAGGAAGGCUAGCCGACCGGUUCAAUACGGAUCUCCGCCAGAGCCCCAUGCAUCGACCUCCACCACUGCCGACAGCUGCCACGAUGCCAUUGCCGGCCUUGGCCUCGGCAGUGCCGCCAGGACCCGGGAGUGCGCCGAUUCGAAGGCAUACGGUUGAGACCGGAGAAGUCUAUGACGAUGAUAGGUACCGCCCGAGAUCGGGUGGUACAAGGCCUGUAGAGCGCGUGAUCACGAGCGGGAGGACGGCAAGGUCGGUCUUCCAUGAGGAGCCCGAGGACAUGCUCACGCAAGGUGUCGCGGCCAUGAAGCAACACAUCAGAGAUCCACCCAAGGCGAGCAACCUUGCGGGCCUUACUGGCUCUGGAAGAGGGGCGGAUAGGGUAUGGGAGUGGGCGACACACGUUCAGCCGGGCCCAGGCCCGGAUGCCAGCGCGUGA